CAACCCAGGCCAGGAGGGGACGAUGGAGUCAGGGCAUGGCACUGUGCUGCAGGGGCACGGCGUGCUCCGAAUGCUCCGGCUCCCCUCUGGGUCCUGCCAGGCUCGGGAAAGGAGCGAGCAGGUGUCACUCAUUUAAGAAGGAGUCCCAGGCCUUCCAGGAGCCUGGCCGGCAAUCUCCCAGCUGCUGGUUGAGAGACAGGGAGCAAGGCUGGUUAGAACGCAGAGGGAGGCGCGUCCCGACGGGGGCUCCUUCCCCUCCCGUGGGAGGACCUGUCUGUGUGUCACAUCUCAUUUCAUCCAUCCGUCCAUCCUUUUAAGUCACCCGAUGCACAUCUCCCAAGGCCUCCUGUGUGUCCAGUCCUGGGCUGGGCGGUGUUGAGGACAAAGAUGAGUCUCUCCUGUACCCUUCCCUGCCCCAGGCUGGUGGGAGAGCUGGAGAGACACACACACACACAGUCACAUUCCAGGCAACUCAUACUCCAAUGCAAGCCGCACAGGGCACUGAACGUGUCCACAGCAGGGCAGACAGACAGGGCCAGGGUGCACCCCGGAGCGGCCAACCAUGGACGGACAGAAGAGGUGGUGGAAGGACCCCUCCUCGGCUCUGCCUCUUUUGCACCUGCUCUGAGCCCCGCCGGGGCUGCCGCCUCCAGGAUGAUGAUGUGGUCCAACUUCUUCAUGCAAGAGGAGGACCGGCGGCGGCGGGAGGCUGUGAGCCGCCGGCGGGCUCAGGGGCAGCACCAGCUGACGCCCGAGCAGGAGGGAAAGAUCAAGCUGGGGCUCCUGCUGAGCGCCGUGGGCGCCACGCUAGCCGUGCUGGCCGUGGGCACCGAGUUCUGGGUAGAGCUCAACACCUACAAGACCAAUGGCAGUGCCAUCUGCGAGGCCGCCCACAUGGGGCUGUGGAAGAUGUGCACCAAGCGGCUGUGGCAGUCCGAUGUGCCCGCGGGCAGAGACACCUGCGGCCCCGCGGAGCUGCCCGGAGAAGCAAACUGUACCUAUUUCAAAUUCUUUACCACGGGGGAAAAUGCACGCAUCUUCCAGAGAACUACAAAGAAAGAGGUGAAUCUGGCAGCUGCAGUGAUAGCGGUCCUAGGCUUGGCAGUCAUGGCCUUGGGGUGCCUCUGUGUCAUCAUGGUGCUCAGCAAAGGUGCAGAGUUCCUACUCCGAGUUGGAGCUGUCUGCUUUGGCCUCUCAGGCCUGCUGCUCCUGGUCAGCCUGGAGGUGUUCCGGCAUUCCGUGCAAGCCCUCAUGCGGAGAGUCAGUCCUGAGCCUCCCCCUGCCCCCGCCCUGACCUACGAAUACUCCUGGUCCCUGGGCUGUGGGGUGGGGGCCAGCCUGGUCCUGCUGCUGGGGGGCGGCUGCUUUCUCCUGCUCACCUUACCUCCCUGGCCCUGGGGCUCACUCUGCCCCAAGCAGGGGCACAGGGCCGCCUAGAACCACCUCUGUGCCUUGUGCAAGCUACUUCUAAUCCCUUCCUUUUCUCCAUUUUAUCCCCCAAAAUCUGCCCCCCCAAUCCUGGAAAGACUGUUUGCCUUGUUGUGGGGCGCAUGGGGUUUGCACAGACCUGCAUCUGCCUCAUCUUUUCCCUCUGUGAAUAUGUUCUUCUCCGUGGCUGAAUUGGGAUGCUUGAGGGUAGGAUGGGGAGAGGUUUUUUGCAAAUGAGGGUCCCCAGGGAAGGUGGGGGGGAGGGGGACCUGAUGGGGUAAUGAGGGAGUGGGGUGGCGGGGAUGAGGCCAGGGUGUCUUGGGAGGGAGUUGGACUGAUUCGUUUUCUUGAUCUGGAUGUGUUCACUUGUGGGAGAGACCUCUUCAACCUAAUUUUGAACCUUGGGGAACCAGGGGAGGGGAAAUCUUUGGGUCUGACCUUGCUAUGGUCGGUUUGGGAUUAAAGAUUUGGAAAUUUAACAGCUUU